AGGCUCAUAGUGAACCGUAUGUGAGGCUGGACACCAAGGAAGGACAAAAGGACUUGUACUGAUUGACUGGGAGAGAAAUCGAGGUGGAAAGGAUUAAUAAAAACGUUCAACAUUGCUGCCUGAAAGCUGAAAUUCCUGGAUCAGGUGAGCUGCAGUGAGGUGUUGGGUGUGUCAUCAGAGAGAGGUGUGCUUAAUGCAGACAGAGAGGAGGAGAGAGGAAGGUUAUUUAAGCCUCAGCAGGUCUGGAGGUAUGGAUCUUACAGCGAUGGCUUUCUACAAAGUGAUGUGUUUGGCUGCUGGGCUGAUGCUCCUGACCCAAGAGUCUGAGUCACAGCUGAGUGUUUGUGGUCAGCCAAAGCUCAACACCAGGAUUGUAGGAGGACAGGAAGCUUCUCCUGGCAGCUGGCCCUGGCAGGUCAGUCUGCUAAAAUCUGGGAAGCACGCAUGUGGAGGAUCCCUCAUUAACAGUCAGUGGGUGCUGACUGCUGCUCACUGCUGUCGAAGCUUUACUGUAAGCAGUCUGACUGUGAAUCUGGGCCGUCAGAGUCUACAGGGAUCUAACCCCAAUGCAGUGUCUCGGACAGUAACAAAGAUCAUCACACAUCCAAACUACAACUCCAUUACCUACAACAGCGACAUCUGCCUCCUGCAGCUCUCCUCGUCUGUGACUUUCAACAACUACAUUUCUCCCGUCUGCCUGGCAGCUUCAGACAGCACCUUCUACAGCGGCGUGAACACCUGGGUCACCGGCUGGGGCAGUACUGGAGAAACAGUGUCCCUUCCUUCACCCAAUCUGAUGGAGGUGCAGGUUCCCGUGGUGGGAAACAGGCAGUGUAACUGUAACUAUGGAGUGGGAGAAAUCACUGACAACAUGGUCUGUGCCGGGUUAAGUGCAGGAGGAAAGGACUCCUGUCAGGGGGAUUCAGGAGGUCCAAUGGUGAGCAAGCAGAACCGUCGCUGGGUUCAGGCAGGAAUCGUCAGUUUUGGGACCGGUUGUGCCAGGCCGAAUCUUCCAGGAGUCUACACCAGAGUAUCCCAGUACCAGACCUGGAUCAACAGCCAGAUCUCCUCCAACCAGCCGGGCUUCAUGACGUUCACGUCCACUGGGAACAACAGUGACCUCAGUGUUACCUGCACAGGACUGCCACCAGUGCCUACAACCACGACCCCUACAAACACAACCCCUACAACCACCACUACCCCUACAACCACAGUCUGUGGACAAGCACCGAGGAGUUCUCACAUUUCGGGCGGAACCUCAGUGGCGGUAGCUGGUUCAUGGCCAUGGAUGGCAGGCUUACAGAAACAUGGAAGUCACGUGUGCGGUGGGACUCUAGUGGCCUUGGACUCUGUACUGAGCCAUGCCGACUGUUUCUCAAGCUCCCCUGUAGCGUCCGAGUGGACUGUCGUGUUGGGGCGUCUGACGCUAAAUGGAUCCAACCCGUUUGAGGUGACGCUGAAUGUGACAAAUAUCACUCUGAGCAACACGACCGGGACCAACAUAGCCAUCCUCCGUCUAUCUGCCCAGCCCACCCUGACCGACUACAUCCAGCCCAUCUGCUUGGACAGCGGGAGAACCUUCGCCGAGGGCUUGGCAUGCUGGGCGGCCGGUUGGAGUCCUGGAAGAGGAGGAGCUGAGGAAGUUAUGCAGCAGUUUAACACCUCGGUGGUAAACUGUGGGAGCUCAUCAUCCAGUGAGAGCAUCUGUACAGACGUGUUUGCACUGCAGCAGGGUGAUUCUGGCGGCCCGCUGAUGUGUAAGCAGGACGGUUCUUGGUUCCAGGCGGUCGUGUUAACAGCUCCGAGCCCCUCUGCCAGGAGAAGACGAGAAACUCCAGUUAUGACCUUCACCAGAGUGAGCUCCUUUGAUACCUUCCUGACGAAGACACUGGGGACACUCUUGUCUCCUCCCUCCAACACCACCAACAACACCACCACUACCAGCAGUACCUACACCACCACCACGGCCACCACAACAGACUCAAAUAGUGUGUUUGACAGCAGCGAGGGUCGUACUGCUCACUCCUUCGUCUUUGUCCUCUUCCAUCUCCUCAGCCUCGCCUUUUGUCUCCAACUCUGCCUUUAGAGAACUCAAACUUGAUUCACAUGAUGUGAUGGACACAGAUGAAUGUGAACAAGCUUUGACUUUAAGACUUUACCAGGGAGCAUGGCGGUGCCAGUAUCCAAUCAGGGAGCCUUAGGUGAUGGCUAGUUUUGGUUUUUGGACCUUUUUUUUUUAUACUGUUUACAAUGAAAACUGCUCAGGUUCACUGUGCAACACAUUUCUGACUUUUGCCAGACUCACCCACUGUGAUAUUGGGUGAGUCUGGAUUCUGUGUUAGUGUUAAAGAGUAAGAAAAGUUUCACUAUCUCCCUGAACCACACAAACGCGUCCUGUUUUAUUUCCAACUCCAGUAUGACAACAAAGGUUAUCCCACCACAGGUUGUGUUCAUUCUGAGCAGAGGUCAGUGAGGCUUUGUUCUUACGCCGGCCUCAUUAUGAGAAACUGCACACGUUUAAGAAAAAGCACGAGUCCACUUUAAAAGAACUAAAUGUGUUUCUGUACCUCUGAAGGACGACUACCUUGAACCCGAGGUUCAGGCUGGACUUUGGUUUAUGGGCGGAAAAAUGAAGAAUUCCUUAAAACUUGCACUGAACAUGAAAAUGUGGCCCAACAGAUGCUUUUCUGAAGCUGAACAGAUCAGUAGGAUAUCUACACCUCAGUUAUGUGCCCACAGGACUGAAUCAGUUUGCUUUCAUAAAAUCGCCUCUAACAUUUAUUGGUUGGAGUUAAAGAAAUAUAUUUUGGGGA